GAAGGGGGUCGCUGAAGUUGACGGAACCGCCAUCUUGAAAAGUGCCCUCCGAUGAUCUCCCUUUUCGCGCCUGUCAGAAUCAGUUUUAAACGCUUUAUUUUCUCUGCCGGAACACCGUGUAAUAUCCGUGUUCGUUUUAUUAAGGUCGGGGGCUAAUGGCAACAUAAGCUACAUCCUGGAGACUCGUCGUUUACCGCUGUUUAUCGGUGUAUGCUGUUGAACUGCUGUAUGUGUGCUGCUUGUCAGUCUGUCCAUCACCACAGUCUGCCUGUCUGUCCAUCCGGCUAGCCUGGAAUGGGCCACAACUCCCAAAGACUAGAACACACCUCUUUAUAACCUGAGCUCCACCCUCUGGACUCCCAAUAUACCCGCAGAGCCAAAAUGUUUUGGAAGUUUGACCUCCACACUACGUCGCACAUAGACACACUCUUAGAGAAGGAGGAUGUGACGCUGACGGAGGUAAUGGAUGAGGACGAUGUCCUGCAGGAGUGCAAGGCCCAGAAUCAUAAACUGGUUGACUUCAUACUGAGACCACAGUGCAUGGAGGACCUUGUCACCUACAUCACACAGGAACCCUGUACUGAUGUUGAGGAAAAAGUUAAAUACAAGUAUCCCAACAUAUCCUGUGAGCUGCUUACAUCAGAUGUGGGCCAGAUCAAUGACAGACUGGGAGAAGAUGAAAAACUGCUGAUGAAGCUAUACGGGUUUCUCCAGAAUGAGCCGCCGCUCAACCCACUACUCGCCAGCUUCUUCUCGAAGGUCCUCUCCAUUCUUAUAGGACGCAAACCUGAACAGAUCGUGGAUUUUCUGCGAAAGCAGGAGGACUUCGUAGACCUGAUGAUCAAACACAUCGGGACAUCUGCCAUCAUGGACCUGCUGCUCAGAAUGCUCACUUGCAUCGAACCGCAGCAGCUACGGCAGGAUGUUCUCAAUUGGCUGAAUGAAGAGAAGGUGAUUCAGAGACUGGUGGACAUGGUGCAACCAUCUCAAGAUGAGGAUAGACACUCAAAUGCCUCCCAGUCCCUGUGUGAGAUUAUCAGACUGAGCAGAGACCAGAUGUUCCAGGUCCAGGGCUGCUCAGAACCCGACCCACUUCUGGCAACACUUGAAAAGCAAGAGACGGUGGAGCAGCUGCUGGGGAACAUCUUUGACAAGGAGAAAAAUGAAUCUGCUAUUGUCAGCGUUAUCCAGAUCCUCCUCACACUGUUUGAGACCAGAAGACCAGCGUUUGAGGGUCACAUGGAUUGUCCCCCUGGGAUGUCCCAUCCUUCAUUCUCAGUCAACCACAGCAUCCUGGAGGCUGUGAGACCCCGACUUAAAGACUUUCACCAGCUGCUACUGGAGCCCCCAAAGAGGAAUAUGAUGAAGACGACAUGGGGGGUACUGGACCCCCCUGUGGGAAACACGAGGCUGAAUGUGGUCAGACUGGUGGCCAGCCUGUUGCAGAGCAACACACACAGCAUCAACACAGAACUCAUUAACCUCAACACACUGGGAGUCAUACUAGAUAUGUAUUUUAAAUACAUCUGGAACAACUUCCUCCACAUUCAGGUGGAGAUCUGUACAGCCAUGAUCCUGGCUAUGCCUCCUGCUCCCACUGACCCCCAGCCAGACACAGAGCAAGAACAUGCAAGGGAAAGCAUCCUUAUCAAACAUCUGUUUCAAAAGUGCCAGUUUAUUCAGAGAAUCGUAGACGCCUGGAGCUCCAAUGAGAAAGAACAGGCUGAAGGUGGUCGGCGACGAGGCUACAUGGGUCACCUAACCAGAAUAGCCAAUUCUAUAGUUCACAACUGUGACAAAGGCCCUAAUGGACCCCAGAUACAACAGCUCAUCUCUGAGCUCCCAGAAGAAGACAGAGACAAAUGGGAGGCCUUUAUUUCUGGGCAGCUGACUGACACUAACAAGAGAAACACUGUUGACCUGGUGAAUACACACCACAUCCAUUCUUCCAGUGAUGACGAGGUGGACUUUAAAGACAGUGGCUUUCACCAAGACUCUUCUCUACAACAAGCCUUUUCUGAUUAUCAGAUGCAACAAAUGACGUCCAAUUUUAUUGAGCAGUUCGGCUUCAAUGACGAAGAGUUUGCUGAUCAGGACGAUGUUGCGGAUAUUCCCUUUGAUAGAAUAUCAGACAUCAAUUUUUCACUGAAUACAAAUGAAAGUGCGAAUAUAGCUUUGUUUGAGGCUCGCUGUAAGGAGAAAAUCCAGCAGUUUGAAGAUGCUGGUUCAGAUGAGGAGGACAUCUGGGAUGAAAAAGAUGUCACCUUCGCACCAGAGGCACAGAGACGCCCCAGGAGCUCAGGCAGCACAGACAGCGAGGAGAGCACUGACUCUGAGGAAGAGGAUGUAAAGAGAGAUCAGUUUGAAGCUUCUAACCCCAGCACCGAUGACAGAAUGGAAGUCGACACAGGCCCAGUAUGGACGGCCAAUUUUGAUGACAUCCCCAUGGACACAGGUACAUCAACAAAUCCAGCCUCCAGCCCUAACAACCCUGCCCCCUCUCCUCUGGCCCCCCCCUCCUCCUCCUCCACAGAAGCUCUCCCCGAUGCAGCCUGGAGCUCGCCUCCUGCUGCAACAACCAACUCUGAGACAGGCUGGGCCGAUUUUUCCAAUUUCACCCCCGUCAGCCCCAAAGACCCUCUGAGGUGCAACUCUCCUGUUGCUAUGGAAACCAGCAUAGAGACAAUGGACCCUCUGGGGGUCAAUGCACCCAUGCAGCCUGAAGAAUGUGACGGCUGGUUGGGUACAGGUGUGGCUUCUCCCUCCUCUACCACACCAAAGGAUUGUGGGAGAACCAAAGCAGAGGAGGAAACCGCCUCUUGUGAGCAGCGCAGCAUUACUGAGACGGUCAUCAACGGCUCCAUGAAAGAAACAGUCAGUCUCACUGUUGACGCCAAAACUGAGACCGCCGUCUUCAAGAGUGAUGAAGAGAAGAGUUCAUCAGUAGUGGAGUGUGGUGAUUCAGAGAGAACAGGCUUCAACAGCUCGGCCGCAGCCUGCUGUCCCAAACCAGGCAGUGACAAGUGUCGAUCCGCUGUAGAGCUUCCCAAUGGUCCUCUGGAGGAAAUGUCAGCCAUCGAGGAGGCCAAACUGGACCAGAGUGCCGCGUCAGAGCCAGCUGUUAACGGGCCGGCAUGAGGUUCACCUGAAGCCAGCUCUCAUACCCAGCCUGUUCCGCCUCGCAGGGCCCUCCUCCUGACCAGCCAGUGGAGACUACUGCUCAGAGCUGUACCAAUCACACAACCCCCACCCCACCCCACCAGGACCAGCAAUACCCCCCCUCGGCUCAUCACUGACAGAGAGACGGACAGACAGGUGUACAGACAUAGAAUGAACUGAAAAGCAAAAUGUACCCAAACGGAUACAGAAUAAUUUUUUUUCAGCAUUUGUUUAUAUACUAUUGUUCUUAUGAGGUGAUGUGCGACUGAUAACUUGCCACUCAAAAUUAAAUAGUAAUGUUGCUAUAGUUAAAGAAAUGAUUGUAUGAAUAAAAUAUUUUAUAAAAAGAAAGAUGUAUACAGGAACAGAAGAUGACUUACCACCGGUGUAGCCAAUUGGUCGCCCACUGAGCUGGUGUUACCUGCUGGAUCUGUGAUUCUGCAUACAACAGUCUGACACUUAAUACAACAGUUGCUUUAUUUAAAUCUUCACCCACCAUUGGUCUGUGUUUUCUGAGCAGAGCUACUCCCAACUAUUGAAACAUGUUUUAAAACCACACAUCAAAGUUUUAUUUUGCUGCAGGUAUAAUUUGUAAAUGUUUCCUUUUGUAUUCUUAUUCAUUGAGUAAGAUUUGACGAGCCUUUUCUGAUAUCCUUUUUUUUUUUUUAUUUAUUAUUGAAGUAAGAUGAUGUUUUGUUACUAAGGAGCCAUACCAACACAGCCUCUCCCCUUCUAGCAGGCAGCAUUCAUGCUAACUGGGUUCUUACCUCGCAGCUAGAAGGCUUUAAAGGAGAGAGGUCCAGUAUGUCCUCACCACAGCUAACACUUGGAGCUGUAAAUGCAUUCUGAGCUUGUGUUUUUAGUCCCAACUAAACUUAUUCAGAACCAGCA